AUGCUCAGAAGUCCUCUAGUGGAAAAGCACCCCCGAAAACAGCUGGCCACUAAAGCUGCCAGGAAAAGCGCCCCCUCUACUGGCAGGGUGAAGAAACCUCAUCGCUACAGGCCUGGUACCGUGCGGCUUAGAGAGAUUCGUCGAUACCAGAAAUCCACCGAGCUUCUCCUUGGGAAGCUGCCUUUCCAGAGGUUGGUGAGAGAGCUGGCCCAGGAUUUCAUAACCGACUUGAGGUUUCAGAGUGCAGCCAUUGGUGCCCUUCAGGGGGCUAGUGAAGCACAUCUGGUGGGCUUAUCUGAAGAUACUAAUCUGUGUGCCAUCCAGGCUGACAGUCACCAUCAUGCCCAAAGACAUCCAGUUGGCCCGGCGGAUACAGAGAGAGAGCUUAAGUGA